UUUUCGCUACAUUUGCCUGCUACUGCGGUUUAGCUGCCGUUCGCUCUCUCACCAACUUAGGCCAAGAGUGUGUAUUUGCUUUUGCCUCUAUAAAAUUUUGUACAUUGUACGAAUACGAUUGUGAACGCGAAGUGAAGACGACGUAAUUAAAAAAACGUUACAAAAUAAUAUAACAAGAAAAAAGAAAAAAAAAAAAAAAUUAAAUUUAUAAAAAAAGAUUAAAAUAAAAUUCUUUUUCUUACUUCUCUUAUUUUUUUUACAUAAUACGAAAUACAAAAAAAAAUCAAGUUUUUUCUACACAACCUUUUUAUUGAAAAAAAUUUCAUUAUUUGAGAAAAAAUUGAAAAAAAAAGAAAAUUGUUAAUAAGCCACAAAUAAUAUUUCAGUGCUAACGCCAUCAAGCUUUACUUUUUUUUAAAACCCAAUCCAGUUAAUUGUAGGAAAUAUAUAAAAAAAAGAAAUAAUUACCUAUCGCCUUCACAAGAAAAUUACAACAUUUUUGAGGCGAAUUGGUAGAAAAAAAAAACGUGAAACAAAUAAAAAUUCCAACUGGAAAAUUACAAUUGUGAAUGAAUUUAACGAAAAAAAGUUAACCAAAAAAAAAGCAUAAAAGAAAAAUAAUAUACCACGUAAAAAGGUUCAUUUUUACCUUUUUUCUUUUUUUUUUAACAAAAAAAAUGUUCUGACAUCAUAUGUAACACAAAAUGUAAAAGGCAAAAAUUGCGAAAGCUCAAUCAAAGAAAAGAUCGAAAAAAAGUAAUACAAAAGGGUGUCCGCGAAAAUAAAAAAUCUAAUGAAAAAAAAAACUCAACUAAACCAAACUCUCUUGAAAAAAAACGGCGAAAAAGCACAAAACAAAGAGCCAGAAAGUUUUCCCAGUUUUUCCAUUUUCGUUUUCCUCUCAAAACUAAACUGAAACUGUCAAACUAAACUAAACAAAAAAAAAAUUAAAUAAAACAACGACCACACAAACAACCACAACAUAACCUGAAGAGGAAGGGAGAUAAAAAAACGUGGUUCAGUUCACUCAUCUGGUCAUCGCGUGAGGGAAUUUUCAAUUUUCUCAUUUAUAUGUAUAUUACACACAAAACAGAAUAACAAACAACUACAACGAUAUAUUUUUUCCUUUCUCUACAAUUCGCCGCGGUGCCGUAUACAUUUUCUGUGUUUAUGUGCCGUUGUUUUGUCGUUUUCGUACUCGUUUCGUUGUCUCUACUCUCGCUCGGCAUAUUAAACGUCAUCGUUGAGUGCAAUGCAAACGAAUGAGGUGAAUAUGAAUUGGUGUUGAAUGUUGCCCUUUCGUUCUAUUACAAAAAAAAAAAAAACGAAAAAAUGAAAUAAAAACAAAUCCAACAAACGGCAUCUUUUCUCCCAAAACAAAAAUAAUAAUCAAAACAUAAAUAUGUAUUAAAUGAAAUGAAAAGAAAGGAAAAAACACAAAUACAUACAUUACCAUGUAAAAUGUUAGGUUAGGGAAUUUUUUUUUCUCUCUCACUUAAAUGUGUAAAUGCGCGCGAAAAAAGAAAGAAAGAAAAAAAUUAAAUUGAAAAAUCAUAGCAAAACAAAAUAAAUAAGAAAAAAUAAACAAAAACGAAAAAAAGGCCAAGGAACCUUUAAACGACAAAAAUAUAUUUAAAAAAUACAAACAAAAAAGGAAAUAUGAAUAAUUGUGAAAGCACAGUAGGCAAUAGCGAUAUUGAAGAAAUUCAACAACAAACGACACAAGUUCUUUCUUCUGAAGCUACCACAGCUUCAGAAGCUAUUACAACAACAACAACUUUGACUACGACUACAAACGAUUUAUUUUAUACAACAACUGACAACAAGAAAUCGAAAGAAAAUCUAGAAAAUGACACUGACACUAAAUGCGCAGGAAAGCCAGAAACACCUGCCGCAGCAGAGGCAAUGGCCACUGUAAAAGAUUUUGAUUCUAAUAAAGUUGUCGUUGCUGGCUCAUUGAUUGCCACUAACUCGACGACGACGUUGACAACAGUAGCAACAACUACGUCAACAGUUAGUUAUGCAGCAAUAGCAGCAAUGGACACAGCAUCGGCAACUGCAAUUGUUAGUGCCCAGCAACAAAAACAACAGCUAACAGAAGCUAUUAUUUCAUCUGAAUGUGAUAAAAGUUCAACAACAACAACAACAAAACAAAUUUGUGAUAAAAACUCAACAAAAAAACCACAAGAAACAAAAGUGGAACCAGUAAUUGUUGUAGUUUCUCAAGUUGUCGAAAGUACAACAUCAGAUUUAGAAUGUUCAGGUGAAGGCAAUAAUGGAGACAGUGGAGACAUUAGCAAUAAGAAUCAUGAUGAGAAGCAGGGGGAUAUUUCAGUGGUCAAUGCAUCAUCAUCAUUAUCCCCAGCUUUGUCGCCAUCAUCGCCAUCGCCUUCGUCAUCAUCAUCGUCGUCGUCGUUGUUGUUAAUAGAAGAGAACAAAGAAAAAAUGUUGCCUGAAGUAGGAAAUAUCUCAAGCUCAACUAUAGCAUCGCCAUUGCCUUUAAAUGCUCUUAGUGGGAGUAAGUUGGAGAGUAAAAAUGCUUGUGAUGAUGAUAUCACAACGACAACAAGUCCAAUAGUUGUCGGUAACAAUAAUAAUUCAAUGCUACUAGCACAAAAGAAGAUUGACAACAAUCAUCAUCUACUUCAUCAACAACAUCAUCAUGCUCUGACGACAACGUCGAGUGCACCAAUUUUAAUGCAAUGCGCCGCCAACAACUAUGGCGGUACAUCAUCAACUACAUCAACAAAUUCAGGGACAAAUACAAUGACGAUGAUGGGUCUUAAUGCUGGCCCAGUGAUAACGAGAAGGGUUUCAUUUCCGAAAAGCGAUGAAGCUCUAGUGACGGGUUAUUUAGAACCAGCUAAUCCAUGGGAGCAUGUUUGCAUGGUAAAAAGCAUCUCCGAAAUAGCCGAAUUAUAUGUACAAUCGUGCAACAAACACAAUACAAUACCAAUUCCAUCAGUAUUGGAUCAUUUGAAACAUAUCGAACUGGACAAAACAAUACGCCAACCAAUUUUAUUAUUAAAAAAUACCAAACUUAUGCCAGCCGAUUGUGAAGCAUUGGAGGAAAUUUUCAAAAGGGUUCAAUAUAAAUCCAUUGAUGUGUCAUCAUGUGAAUUGAAUGAAGCUGCCGCCAGUGCCCUAUUCGAUAUGUUUGAAUAUUAUGAGGUGACAAAUGAAUUGGAUAUAUCAUCGAAUGCUGAUGGUAUGACACCACGUGGCUGGACAUCAUGCAUCUAUAUGGUUAGCCAUAGUAGAGCGUUGCAGGUUUUAAAUGCUCAGGGUAAUCCAUUGUCAAAGAAUUGCGCUGAUAAUUUGGGUAGUGCAUUGAAUUCGUCAAAUUUGCACACAAUUAAGUUGGAACAUUGUGGAUUGAGGGGUAAUCCAUUGGAUUCGUUAUGUACAAAAUUACGUAAUAAUCAGAUAUUAAAAGAGCUAUGGCUUGCGUACAAUGAUCUCACAUGCUUGGAUGCUGAUAAAAUAGCACAAUUACUUAAAACCAAUCACUAUUUACAGUUAAUUGAUAUAAGUAAUAACAAUAUAAAGGAUGAAGGCCUUAUGAAAAUAGUCAAAGCCCUCAUCGAACAGUCUACGGAACUAGAGCGCCAAAAAAUCGCUGCUGCUGCUCUAGCUUUUGCCAUUUCAGAAGCUGAACACAAAAAACGAAUGCUAGCCAAUAGUAGCAAUAAAAGCGGCACAAAUAAUACAACAAAUAACACCAAUAUAACAACACCAAAUGGUACAAAUGGUACAGGCACAAGUACUGAUGAUGAAAUGACAAGUGGCGAUAGUGAUGCUAGUCCCGCCGAAGAAGAAGACGACGAAGAUGAAGACGACGAUGAUGACGAAGCCGACGAUGCUGAUGUCGAUACAGAUGCUAAUGAUGCCGAAGAUGAUGAUGGCACGACAACAGAAGACGAUGGUGGUGGUUCACGUGUCGAAGAUGAUGAUGAUGACGAAGAUACAGUAAAAACAUCAACCAUCAAAUCAACACCACCCAUAAAUGGACAAUCAAAGUUGGAUAAACUUUUGUCCAUGAAUAACAGUGAUAGCAGUGAAGAAGCACCCACCGACACUGUGGCUGCUUCCGAUAUUAGUGUUAGCGAUGAUAUUUUUGAUAGUACAAAUGCCGUUGUGCCAGUGGUAUCAUCCACUCCCAUUGUCGAACCAAUAUUGGAUCAACCAGUGGCGAAUAAUAAUAAUAACACAGCGGCAGCGGUACUAUUUGAAGAAAAUGAUUUGGUCGAUGGUACGGCCUUGGCAAAGGCUGCCGCCACUCCCACCAAAGCAUUGGAUGUAAAUAAAAACUCAACGAAGUUGGACGAUUUUGACGAUACCCACAGUACAGAUUCAGCUUUUGAGAGCUCAUCGGACGGUGAUAUCAGUAGGCACUUGCCCGAUGAAUUUGUAGACAGAUUCGAUGGCAAAGAUGAAGUAGAAACGGCCACUAUUGCAACAGAAGCUUUAACCACACCAACACCCACCCCACCUCCACCAUUGGUGAUGCCCAUUGAAAUGCAACCACCAACGACAACAACAACCACAAUCACAACACCAAAACCAAUCGAAGUCACACCUCUAAGACAGCUGGCUCCAUCCCCGAAUACCAGCUGUGACAGUUCCAGCGGUGACAUAUCCGCACUAAAGAACGCUGCCCUAACCGGCACAAGUCCCUCACCGUCACCGGGAAUGCGUCGCACCGAGUCCACCUGCACCAUAACUCAAUCGACUCGCGUCCGAUCACACAGCUCGGACAGUCUGAGUAGUGAUAAUUCGCUGGAUGGCAGCAUUAGUGAUACCGCUAGCGGGAACUUCUCGACCCGCAUCAACGAGAAACUAACCAAAAACGACACCCUAACUAGACAAAAGCAAUUCGAUGUGCCUGUAGAUAGUAGUAAGACACCACACGGCCUUAAAGCUUUAGCCCUGUGGAAUAAUAACCUGACCAAAGAAUCAGGUCCUCUCAUAGCCGAUUUGCUAGCGACCACAGUAUCGCUGGAAUUGCUCAAUAUCGGCAAGAAUAUCCUAAGCAAUGAUUUUGUGGCAUCAAUUCGUGAUAGUUUGUCUCAAAAUACAACCCUAACAACACUUGGCCUCCAAAGUGCACAUUUGAGCUGCGCUGGAAUACGUACAUUGUCAUCGAUAUUACAAUUUGGCGGGAAUAGCACUUUGCAUAGGAUCGAUAUCCGUGAUAAUAAAAUCGAAGUGGAGAGUUUGAAUAUGCUGGCAGAAGCAUUGAAGUCCAAUACAACUGUUACUCAGAUCGACAUCGAUGACGAACCAAAGAGGCUGUCGUUUGAGAGGGUAUGGAAAAAAUCACCAUUCCGUUCGCACCGCGUGAUUGGCAGUGAUGCUCAACUCGAUUAUGCACGCGUUUUAGAAAACGUCCGUUCCCUAUGUGCCCGCAACGAAAACCAACCCCCACCAACUGCAGCGUCUGCUACCGACAAGACGACAGCCAUAUCAGCAGCAAAACGACGCGGUGGCUACUACCUGGGCUCCCGCAAAAUCUCCUUAACUUGCCAUAGCGCUCCACCACGAGCGGCAAUAAUUGAUCAACAAUCAACAUCAUCAUCAUCAUCAAUCAAUAACAGCACUUCAACUAGCAGCAGCAGCAGUAAACUUGAGGUGAAAAAGAAAACCGGUGUUCGUCUGCGAUCUCCUAUCCCAAGUCCACCCACAAUCUCACCGUCGUCGUCCCCAGUGCCAAGUCCUUCGAAAAGUCGCUUUCAAGUAUUCCGUGUGUCGGAAGUUAGUCCUUUAACAUCACCAAUGACCCCGUCCCCAUCACCAUCCCCCACGCCUUCACCGACACCAUUAAGUACUUCGGCUUCUGGUGUCAUCAUCAAUUCCAAAGAUUCCACAACAACAAUUAAGAGGCUCUCAACAUCGCCACGUUCUAGGUUCCAUGUGAUGAAGAUCUAUGAAGAUCCAGGUGUGCCGAUUGCACAUCGAACUUUGCCACCGAUAACACCAUCGCCAUCGCCACCAACAGCGCCAAGCAUAAAAAUGCCGCCUUUAACACCACCUUUAACAUCAACAAAUUCAAAUUCGAAUUCAACGAAUAUGUCAAUAACAACAACAACUUCGUCAACGACGACGACGAUGCCUCCACCACCACCAUGCACAUUUGAAGAGCAAAAAAUCAUUACAACACCAGCAACGCCACCUAUUCUAGACAAUUCUACAGCAGAGCCAUCUUUCAAUCAUAAUUUGCCUCCUGGUAGUGCCGUUACAAUAACAACAGCAACCACAACAACAACAAUAACAAAUACAACAACAGCUACAAAUACCAAAUCAAAUCUAGAUUCGAUAGAUUUCAAUAAAAGUACAAAUAAAACCAUUACACCAAAUGAUCGAGUGGAUUCAGCAUUAGCGAGUGUUGCAAGUUCAACACCACCACCACCGCCCGUGCAAGUUCCACCGCACGAUGAAGAUGAAACAACAAAGUGUCAAAAACAUCUUUGUUCUCUAUCUCCUCCACCAUUGCCAGUUGUGGAGGACGAUCAACGAACUCUCACAAAUAGUCCUGAUGUAAAUAUUGAUUCCAUUGCAGUUACCACAGUAUCAUGUUCAAGUGCACAAUCAGAAUUCACAACAACAACAACAUCCACAACAGCAACAACACAAUCUACUACAUACGAUCCACAAGAUUCAAAUCUUGUUCCACAAGAUCAGCAAUCCGAACCCGCCGUUGCCUCAGGAGCUUCCCCAGCUACCGGUCGAACAAGAAAAAACUCCUGGAUACCGAAUUCCACAUAUCCUGGAACUGUGGAUCGCCUCCUGAGCAUGUUUCAAAAUCCAGCCCAUUUAUUCCAUCGAAGUUCCUCGCCCGACACAACGACCUCAACCACCAGUAGCGAAGAUCGAAGCACCCCACCACCACUACCAUCCGAAGAAGACCUACAACAGUCAUUAGUUCCUGUGCGAAGGCGAACUCCGCCCGCAGCUAAUCAAUUCCCAUGGUGCAAAUUGGGCACAGAAAUGUGCAAGCCCGUUACAUCAGUAAUGCAGACGGCUGCAGCAGUAUCGAGUGGGUAUGUAGCAUGUGGGCCACCAACAACGGCGGUUGUGGCCUCCGUAGAGACGCCACGAUCGUUUUUCGAUGCUGCCUCCAAACAGCUGCGAGACUUUAGCAAACAAGUAUUCCGCCAGAAUAUAGCCUUUGGCAAUGAGGCGACCAACAUCAACCAGGAGCAGCAGCAACUGCUCCAACAACAACAACAUGACUGUGAUAUAAUACCGAGUGAUAUGAAAUUGGAAAUAAAGGAGAACAUCUCCCCGGAGCAUACAAUCAACGAGGAGCAACUACAAUCGUUACAGAAGAUUGGCGGUAGCCCAGGCAGCAGCAGCACUAGCAGCAGUGGAACUGAAACAACAGAAGGUGCAUCCUUGCCAUCGUCAUCGUCGUCGCCAUCGUCACUGCUCAGUGUACCGCUAAUAGGAAUUCCUCAAACAAUACCAUUAACAACACAAAUUGAGGAAUCAUUAGGAGCAGCAGUAGUAGCAGGGUCAACAUUAACAUCAACACCAAUACAAGCAACACCACCAACGACGUCGCAACCACAGCCACAUGUUCCAAAUGAAGAACAAUCUUGUAAUUCCUGAUGUCAAGGGUGGUGAGUAAAAUAAAUAAAAAAAAAACACAAAAAAAAAACAAAUUAAAACAAAAAAUACUUAUUUUGUGGAAUUUAUUUUUAUAUUAUUUAAAAAACUAUUAAAAAAAAACUUAAAAAACAAAAUAUUGUUUAGAAAACCAUAAAUUUUAAGAAAAAAAAAACAAAAAUAAUAAUUACAAACAAAUUGUACAAGAGUACUUAGUAGACAUAUUGCGUUAAUGCAAACACAAACAUAAAACAAAAGAAAAACAAAUAAAAUAAUAAUUUUAAUCCUUAAAUAUUUACAAAAAAGAAGAAAAUAAUUAUAUUAUGAUUUUUUGUUAAAAAAAAUGACAAAAAUAUUUUUAAAUUUGAUAUAUUUUUAAGUUUUUUAAUAAAAAAAAGGAGAACAUUAUUUAAUAUUGAUGAUAAGCUAUGUAGAUGUUUUUAUUUUGGCUAUUGAUUAUUUUGUUAUACUUUUAUAUCCGUUUUUUUUUUUUUAAUCUUUUAUUUUAUUCAAAAUAAAGUCAACGGGAGAGCGAAGUUGAUAGGAAAAUUUAUAUAAAAAAAAACUAUUUUGUUGUUAUUUAUUUAUCGGAAUAGUUGGAUUGUAAAUUUACGCUAUUUCCUUAAAUUCGUUUUUUGAUAGAAAUAAAUUUCGUAAGACUUUUUUGUUCGGCGCCCAGAGUCAAUUAAAAAAUGCUGAUGACAUUUUUUUUCUAAGGAAAGAGAAAAUAUAGUAAUAGUAAUUAAACCGUUUAGGAACUAAAGGUUAGACUAUUUUCAAGUAAAAGUUUUCCACAAGCUCUUAAAAGGCCCAUAAUAC